AUGGCCGCCGAACCUCCCACCAAGAAGAAGUGUCUAGGCGCAGACUGCGACAACGAUGCUGGAGCGCUGCAGUGCCCGACAUGUUUGAAGCUUGGUAUCAAGGACAGCUUCUUCUGUGCCCAGGACUGCUUCAAGAGGAACUGGAGCAACCACAAGUCCAUGCACAAGACACAAAGUAAUAUCCUCCACCACAUCAUUCCUCCGAAACCACUCUUACCAGAUCCAGUCACCGGCUACUACAAUCCUUUCCCGAGCUUCCCCUUCGCCGGCACGCUGCGCCCGGUCUACCCUCUGUCCGAGCAUCGUACCAUUCCCAAGUCGAUUCCUCAUCCCACUUGGUGGCAAGACGGCGACCCCAAGUACAGCCGGUCACUGAUCAACCGCAACAAGAUCGAUGUCCACGAUGCAAAGGGCAUUGCUGCGAUGCGCAAAGUCUGCAAGCUGGCGCGUGAGGUCCUCGAUCUUGCCGCCGCCGCAGCCAAGCCAGGCGUCACGACCGAUUUCAUCGACGAGCUUGUCCACAAGGCUUGCAUAGAGCGCGAGUCUUACCCUUCACCCCUCAACUACAACCACUUCCCUAAAUCAUGCUGUACAUCUGUCAACGAAGUCAUCUGCCACGGCAUUCCCGAUCAGCGCAUUCUCCUCGACGGCGAUAUCCUCAACAUCGAUAUCAGCUUGUACCAUGGUGGAUACCACGCCGAUCUUAACGAGACAUACUAUAUUGGCGACAGAGCCAAGGCCGAUCCCGACAGCGUAAGAGUAGUGGAGGCAGCACGUGAGUCUCUCGAUGAGGCCAUCAAGGCUGUCAAGCCGGGCGUCCUGAUCCGAGAGUUUGGAAACAUUAUCGAAAAGGUUGCAAAGCAAAAGGACUGCAGCGUAAUUAGAACGUACUGCGGCCACGGCGUCGGAAAGCUCUUCCACUGCCCGCCCAACGUCCCGCACUAUGCCAAGAACAAGGCUGUGGGCGAGUGCAAAGUUGGAAUGACCUUUACCAUUGAGCCCAUGAUUGCUCUGGGCAAAUACAGAGACAUUACUUGGCCCGAUAACUGGACCAGCACAACCAUUGACGGAAAGCGAACAGCCCAGUUCGAGCACACACUUCUUGUUACGGAAGACGGCUGCGAGAUUCUUACGGCACGGACGGCCGACUCGCCUGGGGGGCCGAUUCCUAUGCCGGAGAAGGUGGCCAAUGGAGAGUAA